AUGAGGAAUUUUAUCCUACUUGUGAAUAUUCUGGCAUUAACUCUGCCUUUUUUGGCUGCAGAGGUGCAAAACCAGGACCCAGCAUGCCAUGGAAAGGAAGAAUACUUGUAUAAUCAGAAAAGAGUUCUGCAAAUCCCAAUUCAGUCUGUGCUGAACAGCAGUCCUCAUUAUGAGCCCAGUUACUACCAGCACAGAGCAUCUAUGAUAGUGAACCCAUACAAGUUUUACCCAUAUUUUGUAAAACUACUUCUGCUAAGGCCACCCAUCCAAAUUGUCAAAUGGCAAUUCCUACCAAAUAUCCCCCAGCCUGUUACAGCACCUUAUCCCAUUCCACACCCACAAUUUCUUGCCAUUCCUACAAAAGAAAAUCAAGAUAAACCUGCCAUCCCUGCCACUUCUCCCACCCUUGCUAGCCCUGCCUUCAGUACCAUGGCUCCUGCUGAGCCUACACCAGCUCCCACAGUUGAACCAGUGGUGAACACUGUGGUCAGUUCAGAAGCUUCUUCUGGGUUCAUCAACAAUUCUGAGACUUCCACAGUCCUGACAUCUUCACCUGUGGCAUAA